GUACGGCAAGCAGCCAAGAUUCCGCCAACACUCAGCUGCACGACCUCCAAGACGGCAUCCAGCGCCGGACCUAUGUCAGUGCUAAGCCAACUGCUGCUCAACUUCAACCAGAAAGCCCAGACCAGGAGCCACCACAACAUAGAGCUGAUAAAUUCGUUCAUAACAUAACGACAGGCCUACCCUCGAUAGCACCUGUUGAUAUAUCAUCCAACGUUAGAGAGAAAUUUGCAAACA